ACUCUACAUGAACCUUAAACCAAUACGAAGUACAACAACAUAUGUAGGACUUAUUUCGACUGUCAUUUACAUCGUAAAAGUAUCUCCUCUUCAACUUACCAAUGACAAUCCUGAUGGUAUCCUAUAUGCGUUCGUAAGCUUGCUAAAAUACUACUGCGUUGAUGUCCGCUUGUAAAAGCUGAAAUCCAACAAAUGCUUUGAUCCAUGCUACAUCUCCGUGUUGGAAAAGCCCUUUCAUCUCCGUUCAUGAUAACAUCUUACCCUAUUCUACGCAAAUCUGUCACAUCUACUCUCAAACAAGACGCCAACUUCAAACGAAAACGCGUUCUACGAUGCGUCUACACUCCAUCCCCAUAUCAUUGGCGUUGACUGGUCCGAGGUCGAUCUUGUUCGCCUGUUUUCGGCGUCUUGACGCCCGCGCAAUGCGAGCUUGUACCUCUGCACUCGCCGAGAUAUGGCCACCUGUGUAGCCACCGAAACGGUCUGAAGAAGUCGUUCCUUGAAGACUCCUUUCAGAGCCAUCGUUCCUCCGUCCCUUCCUCGCACGGCAUGUGUCGCAAGUUCAUCGAUGAACUCGUAACCCUCCUGUCUACUUCAAGGGGGCGUAGCCCGCCAGCGGCAGUAGAAAACGGCGGUCGCCGGCAUUAACCCCUUUGGGUCUACCUCUUUUUUGGAGGAGAGAGUGCGGGGAGAGACAGAAGUACAGCAGAGAGAAGACGAGUGUACUUAUGUAGACGCAACAGCUAUCUCCACCCAUAGGCCAUGAGCUGCCCGCGACAGGACGGUGGACACAGACAGGAUCAAAGAAGGGUUGAUGCGUGGUCGCGGUGCGGCCAGUAGCGCAGUUUAGGCUUGUAGACCUCGAAAAGAUCAGUCGUCAAGCCGCCUGAACUACUCUGUUUUCAGUAUCUUCAAAUGAUCAGUGAAAAUGAUCAGUGAGAGGGCUCGUAGACCCAUAGCUGGUUCUUGUACUUCUGUACUUCUCUGUCCCCUCCCCAAUGUGAGCCCUGCCGGCUCACUACAGCUCCUGUGAUUUUCCCAAAAUUCCCACAAGCACGCAAGCACACACCAGCACACACCUACCUUUGCAUCAGUGGCUCUCCAGGUUCGGGCGAGGGUAUGUGUGGGGCUAUGCUGAUAGUGUAUGUGUUACUACCUACUCUGCUGUUUAGUUGGACUCGUCUGUACGGCUGCUGCUGUGCAGAAUAGCCGCUGACAUGAUGACUGUGCUGGAUCUUGGGAGUGUACAACUUUCGAAUUUGGAGGAUAUGCAGCAUACCACGAUAUCCUGGCCUGUUUGGGCUUGAAGUGCCCCUUUUCGCUGUCCUCCUGCCUUUGCUUAAGUGGCUUCCUAGAUUCGGGCGAGGGCAUGUGUGUGAAGCUAUUGAUGUGUGUCUCUGUGAAAGGAUAUGGGGAGACAUUCAUGGUGGUAUUCGCAUUUAGAGCAGUGUGCAUUAUUCUAAUUUUGACCGUUCCAGGAACCUCGAUAUUUCCCGCUGGCACUUACGUAUUUUCAUUGGCCACCGGGUAGCGCGGUCGAUGCGAAUAAAAAAGAAACACCUACCUAUUGACUUACCAACACCUGGCGUGGAGGGAUACAGGGCGGCAACUCCAUGGCAUGCCACAACACCAGCAUUUACAAAUGAUCAAUCAAUGAUCUGUCAGGACGCCUGUAGACCCA